CCACCCCUGUGCCUGGCUGUUUAUGCAUCCGCUUUUAGAGCGGAUUGAACUGGCAAAUUGCGUUAAUUACGACUUGCUUGUAACAUAUCUAACACAAAAAUAAUUAUAUUCGAUUAUUUUUUUUAAAUAAGGCGGCUCUAUAUGGUUCUAAAGACGUAUACGACGUGAUAUUGUGUGAAAUGGCAGCUGCUUACACCCUUUGAAGUGAAUUUCCUAUGAUCGUUUCCUUUUGAAUUUGGGCGAGUGCAUUGAGAUUGAGGGGCGCCUGCUGUCCAUAGAAGCAAGAAAAAGCCUAAUGUUUUCGCAAAGCCAGGAGGAACACUGCGGCCCGACUAAAGACCCAAUAAAAUACGGGGAACUGGUAGUAUUAGGGUACAAUGGCUCCCUCCCAAACGGAGACCGGGGCAGAAGGAAAAGCCGCUUUGCCCUGUACAAGAGAAGCAAAGCCAACGGUGUUAAACCCAGCACCGUCCAUAUCCUCAACACGCCACAAGCCAGCAAGGCGGUGAACUGCAAAGUGCAGCACAGUAUUUCCUACACUCUGUCCAGGAACCAGACAGUAGUGGUAGAGUACUGCCAUGACAAAGACACAGACAUGUUUCAGAUUGGCCGCUCCACAGAAAGCCCCAUAGACUUUGUGGUGACGGACACGGUGUCUGGGAGUCAGGAGGGAGAAGAGACGCCCAUCACCCAGAGCACCAUCUCUCGCUUUGCCUGCCGUGUCGUCUGUGAGCGGGUCCUGCCCUACACCGCACGCAUCUACGCUGCUGGCUUUGACUCCUCCAAGAACAUCUUCCUGGGGGAAAAAGCCGCCAAGUGGAAGAACCCGGAUGGUCACAUGGACGGGCUGACGACCAAUGGCGUGCUGGUGAUGCACCCCAGGGGUGGUUUCACGGAGGAGUCCAAGCCGGGUGUAUGGAGGGAGAUCUCUGUGUGUGGGGAUGUUUACACCCUUAGAGAGACCCGCUCUGCUCAGACCCGCGGCAAACUGGUGGAGUGUGAGAGCAACGUGCUGCAGGACGGAUCCUUGGUAGACCUGUGUGGAGCCACCCUGCUGUGGCGCACAGCUGACGGCCUCUUCCACACGCCUACCCAGAAGCACCUGGAGGCCCUGCGGCAGGAAAUCAACGCAGCACGGCCCCAGUGCCCUGUGGGCCUCAACACCCUGGCCUUCCCCAGCAUGCAGCGCAGCCGCGCCCUCUCCUCCCUGGAGGACAAGCAGCCCUGGGUCUACCUGGCCUGUGGCCAUGUGCACGGCUACCACAACUGGGGCCAUCGCUCGGAGCAGGAGCCCAAUGCCCAGCGGGAGUGCCCCAUGUGCCGGACCGUGGGCCCCUACGUGCCGCUGUGGCUGGGCUGUGAGCCCGCCUUCUACGUGGACGUGGGCGCCCCCACACAUGCUUUUGUGCCGUGCGGACACGUGUGCUCGGAGAAGUCGGCAAAGUACUGGGCCGAGAUCCCUCUGCCCCAUGGUACCCACGCUUUCCACGCCGCAUGCCCAUUCUGUGCCACCCAGCUCAGCCUCACUCAGGGCUAUGCCAAGCUCAUCUUCCAGGGCCCCAUCGACUAAGCUGAGGGACCUUGGGCUGGGGGAAGGGAUGAAGCAGGAGGGCCAACAUGCUGUGAAACUGUUCAGACUAUUUAGUGCUCUUAAGUUUUUUUUCUUCACCGGACUGUAAAGAUCCCAAAGCUGAUGGUGUACUACAAGUGUGUUCCAAAUUUCAGUGGCGAUUGGCCUGAAGGCAGUGGUCCAUCAGUGUUUGGUUUGUGCUUCUGGUCCUCUGGAUGGCCACCGUGGCGUGGUGUACACAGAGAUGUGGAGCACAGUGGACCUAAGGCACAACCACAGAAAUCCAAAUACUUUUCAGCUGCCAGCCAUCAGCUUUCAACUGAGCUAACUCUCUGGACUGUGCACGCUAAAAUGACUGCUCAGUUCAAGUAAAAGGGCUACAGAACGGGUGGCUGGAGUACAUUUUGUCCCCAUGUUAUCGAUCAUAAACUCCAAACGGAUUACAAAGAGCAGAUUGGGUGGGGGUUCACGGUCUGAUUCUGAGGUGCAUGAUUUUCACAGAGCCAAGACAGCUGGACUGUUGUCUGGGAGGACGAGCGAGCCAGCGAGGUUCAUAAAUGACUAGUUAAGUGCUCCCCAUUGGCUCCUCAGCCCUGAUCCGAUCUGCAAAGCUAUCCAGAACAUUUAGCCUUUCCAGAGGUGAGCUGAACUCUGCUCAUGAAUUCAGGGAACAGAUCUUUAAAGGAAACACGUUUUUCUCUCCUCUUGUACAGAGAUGUAUUCCAGUGCCUGGGGCUCCCAGUAAUACUCUGGGAAUAUUUUUACUAGAUAAAACAAAAUUAUAAUAAUUGUUAAGGGAGGGAGAUAAUUGUGCAUACUAUAAAGAAAUGUAACCCAUAUGGAUUAUUUUCCACCUUUUUUAUUCUUAAGAAGUAUUUUACUACGCUGAGGCCCUUGUACAGUUUUCUAAUGAAAAUGUUAAUAUAUUUUUCUCUAUUGUAACUGUUGGGUGCAUGUGGGCUGGAUCACGCAGGUGUGUUUGAAUGUGCCAACACUGGCUCAUACUGAGACAUAAGUCCCUUUUUUAUGACGUUACCAACAACAGGCCGCUGGCUUCAACCUUGUGGGCCAUGACAAUGAAUGUAUUUAAAUACAUAUUGUCCUCACCAUUGGUGCUUUAGCCUUAAUUAUGCCAUUGUUUUACUGAAUGACUAGGUUUUUUUAAAUGUACUGUAAAACCAGGGUGUCUCAUAUCAGUAAGGCCUUCAUCUCCAGUGCAAGUUAUUAGCUUUUUGAAGUGUAACUCAGUCACACACCCACUCUCACCUGCGAGCUGUCUUUGGACUUGUCCCACACUCCAAUACUGUUUUCAAUGUGCACUUUUGAAUUUGUAGCUUUAUCUAAUGCUGGGUUUUAUCCAAUAAUUUGUACACUUCCAAACCUGGGCACAGUCACUGCAGCAUGGAUCAUACCAAUUACCAAAUAUAAAAAGAGUUUUCUCUGUGAUGCUUCCUGCAGCCCAAAGUGUUAUUGUUAACAAACUAAAAACCAAACUGCUAUUGUAGAAUUAAAAAACUGUUCUGGAUGACAGCCAAAGCUGUUUGAGUAUACUCAAUCUCACAAGGAUAUUAUCAUGUGCAAUGCCCAAUUUAGCAAAUAAAAUUGUGGAGAUGGAUCAAGUUGGUCAAAUACUUGUGUCGAUAAAAUCAGACUUUAAAGUUGGACAACAAGGUGGAAAUAAGUUGAAAAUGAAGAAUUAGAAACAAAUAUGUGGACUGUUCUUAGAUUCUGGCUAGUUUGACUCUGCCCAUAUGUAGAGUGAAGCUCAACACUAUAUACAAAUGACCAUCUUAGCUUCAUGGUUAUGAUAGUGAGCAUCAUGAUAAUGACAUGUUAGCAAUGUUCUUACCAUGGCUUUCUACAAGUUGCAUAAUGAAUCAACAAGUUUGAAGAGAUGGUCACAAGUUAUUCUUUUCAGCUACACUGAGAAGCCAAAUAACAUAGUCACAUGUCUACUAUGCACACAGGAACACUACAGAUGUGGUGUCCUGUCCUCUUUCUUGUUGGUGGACUGCAGAGGUUCCCCCUCCAGAUGUGAGUUAUGCUCUGUGGAGGGUAAAAACAUGACCUUGGUAGUAUGAAGCCAGAAGCAGUCGGACAGAUGUGAGACCAUAACAGGUGGUCAUUCAAUGGCGUUGUUUGUAACUUCCAAUUAGCAACGAGUAGCAGGGUAAAGGAGGGGUGUCUCACAGUAGUAUUCCUCCCACAGUGCCCAGUCUGUGCUGACAGUAAGUAGAUAGACCAUGCUCUGGAACAGCUGUAAUGUACCUGCCUGACACCAACCUUCCUCCUUGAACAUUUGGGAGGGGUUCUGUUGUUCACCUAAGGGCCUGUUCAGUGCAUUUUGUCUCCUAACCCUGUACACAGGUCAUAGCUCGCACUGAUGCUCCCAAUACCUACUUACAAAAAUAAACAAUUUGUUUAAAAACAAA